AUGAGUGAAAAGAUUUCAAUUUCACUUAGUAAUAAGUCAGUUAGUGAUGAUAGUGAAUUUGAUAAUGCAUUACCAUUUGUUAAAGAAAACAUCCAUAAUGAUGAUACUCCAGAUGAACAACCAGAAGAUUCCCGUAAAGUAACUAGGAAAUUAGACCUUAUUAUUCUUCCUUUAUUAUGUGGGAUUUAUUUCUUUCAAUUUUUAGAUAAAUCAUUAUUGAAUUAUGCUGCUGCUAUGGGAAUUAAAAAACAUCUUGUUGGUAAUGAAUUUGCUAAUUUAUCAACUAUUUUCUAUGCUUCUUAUAUAUUUGGUGAACCAAUUGCUUCUUAUAUGUUACAAAGAUUCCCACUUGGUAAAACUUUAGGAGUUUAUAUUAUUUGUUGGGGUGUUGUAGUAACUUGUCAUUCUGCUUGUUCAACUUAUGCUGAAUUAAUGAUUGUUAGAAGUUUAUUAGGUUUAUUUGAAGCAAGUUCCGCUGCUGGAAUAAUCACGGUUACGAGUAUUUUUUAUACAAAACCUCAACAAGCUGCAAGAAUGGGGAUUUGGUCAGUUAUGGCUGGUACUGCUACUAUGGUAGGUGCUUUGCUUUCUUUUGGUUUCCAACAUAUUAAAACUACUAGAUUUACUUCAUGGCAAAUAUUAUUUCUUGUUAUUGGUUUAAUUACUAUUGCUUUUGGUAUAUUUGUUUGUUUUUAUUUACCUGAUAAUAUUCAUACUGCUUGGUUUUUGAAUAAAGAAGAUAAAGUUUAUCUUUUAAAUAAUGUUGUUAAAAAAAAUCAAACCGGUACUAAAAGUUCUAAAUUUAAAUGGAAACAUAUUAAAGAAUUGUUAUUUGGUGAUAAAUUCACUUGGUUAUAUUUCUUGUUAACAAUUACUUCUCAAAUUGUCACUGGUGCAAUUGGUACAUUUAGUGUCACUAUCACAUUAACAUUUGGAUUUGAUAGUUAUCAAUCAGCAUUGUUGCAAUUACCAAUUGGAUUUUUAAUUAUUGUAAUUAUUCUUACUGCCACUCAAUUGGUUGCAAGAUUUGGACAUAUUACCAUGAUUUCAAUUUCAAUGUUUGUUCCAACUAUAAUUGGAGCAAUUGUUUUAAUCAUUUCACCAAAUAGAAUUGGAAAUAUUCUUGCACUUUAUUUAUUAUAUUCUGGUUCAUCAGUUAUCACAUUAAUUUAUGCAUGGGUAAGCGCAAAUACAGCAGGUACAUCAAAGAAAAUUUUUAGAAGUGGUAUGACAAUGAUUGCAUUUUCAGUUGCUUGUAUUAUAGGGCCACAAUUAUUUCAAGCUUAUAGUGCACCACAUUAUCAUCCAGCAAAAAUUGUUAUUUUAAUUACUCAAUGUCUUUGUAUUCCAAUUUGUAUGGUAAUUGGUUGGUUAUGUAAGAAGGAAAAUGAAAAAAGAGAUCAAUUGAAUAUUGAAAUGCCAGAAAAUUUUGAAUUUUUGGAUUUGACUGAUGUUGAAAAUAAAGAGUUUAGAUAUAUUUAUUAA